AUGAAGCUAAUGCAGUUACUUUAUUGCUCCUCUCAAUUAUUUCACUAGGGUGCCACCAUGACUACUUGCAAUGCCACCCAGGGCCACCCUUCUUUCUUCAUUCUCCAAGGCAUUCCCGGGAUGGAGGACCAACACAUAUGGGUAUCGAUCCCCUUCUCCUCCAUGUACUUCAUCACCGUCCUUGGGAACUGCACCAUCCUCUUCAUCAUCUCCACAGAGCGCUCCCUGCACAAGCCUAUGUUCCUGCUCCUCUGCAUGCUGGCCGUCACAGACCUGGGCAUGUCCACAACCACCGUUCCCAAGGUACUGUGCAUCUUCUGGUUUGGCCAGAGUGAGAUCACCUACGAGGGCUGCUUAGUCCAGCUGUUCUUCAUCCACUCCAUCUCUGCAUUGCAGUCUGCUAUCCUCAUGACCAUGGCCUUUGACCGCUAUGUGGCCAUCUGUGAGCCCCUGCGCUACGCCACUAUCCUUUCUAACAGUCGCAUUGGGUUUAUUGGCCUAGUAAGUUUGGUGAGAGCCUUCCUUUUCAUUCUCCCCAUGCCCAUCCUCCUCCAGAAGAUGCCCUUUCAUGCCAACCAUGUCAUCCCCACCACCUACUGUGAACAUAUGGCUGUGGUGAAGUUGGUGUGUGUAGACACCAUAGUCAACCGAAUAUAUGGCCUGGUGGUAGCCUUGUUGGUUGUUGGGAUGGAUAUCUCAGCUAUUGGCUCAUCUUAUGUGCUAAUUAUCCGGGCUAUAAUGCGGCUAUCUUCCAAGGAAGCCCACCACAAAGCAGUCAACACCUGCACCACACACAUCUGUGUCAUGCUUAUUUCUUACACACCCUCACUUUUCUCUUUUCUUACUCAUCGCUUUGGCCGAGGCAUUCCACCCCAUAUCCACACCAUUCUUGGCAACCUCUACUUCCUUGUACCUCCAAUGCUCAAUCCCAUUAUUUAUGGAGUGAAAACCAAGGAGUUUAGGGACAAAGUGGCCAAAUACGGGUGCAGGGGAAAGGAGCCCGUAACUAUUGCCCUUGGUCAGAAAACUGCCUCCUAA